UUUGAUAAUUUUAAGGGAUUUCUUACCUGCCUAAUUUGAAAGCUUCUGACCAUAGAGAAAGUACUUUUACUUUCUCUUGGACUGGCACCUAAACAAAGAUGCAAGUUUAGGUCGACUUGUCUUUAUCUAUGGGGCGACUUAACCAAACAUUCAGCCAAACUAGGUGAAAUUCACAGGGGAUAUUUUGUGGUGAAAUUUGUGGUUAGAAAGCCGGCAAAAAUACGCAAACUGACAUUCUUUCUGCUUUUUAGUUUAUUUCCAAAGAAAAGGUGUAAUUCUUUAAGUUUUCGUGAUGGAUAACGACUUAAAUCGUUCAGUGCGCCUACUGGAAGACGCCGUUUCUUCGCCAAGCCGAGGGUUAUUUCGAAAGUCCAUUUCAAAAUUUCAAACUGCUAAGAAUCGAGUGCCGUUCAACAGUAUGGACCUUAGUGUUACUUUGGCACCUCAUGAAAUUGAGUAUCUGAUGACUGAGUCUCCUGCUCGUGUAUCUUCACCAAGUCGCGGAUUGCUUCUAAGGCCCAUGGAAAAACCACUUAAGAUUAGAGCCAACAAACUGAACCUUAGCGUUACUUUGGCCCCUAGUGAGAUGGAUUAUCUCAUGACCGAUUCGCCUAGCUUUUAUAAUCAAACCAUGAGCGACAUCAUGAAUUCAGAUAAAACCUUGGCUGGAGGAAUCAUACAGCAGGAAAACCCCUGGAAAACCGCAGUCGAUUCUUUAUAUGUAGAGUAUUUUGAAGUUCUGCAAGGACAAACAGAGAGUAGAGACGCUCUGGAAAUGCUCUCUGAGCUGGCCCGAUGCUGUUCCGAUGCCCUGAAAAUCGUCCGAAGCCUAAAGUCGAAAGUCGCCAUUAAAACCGUCGAUGAAGAAUUGUGGCUCGAAAAGGAAAGGGACACUUGGAGGCUGUUGUACAUCCUGUUCCAGGACAGACUGGCGGUUCAAAGCAUGAUGGACGAAGACGCUCAAAUACAGUACUUUGGAAAGUCUGAAAAAACCUGCGUGGAAAACCUGUUCAAAAGGGAAAACUUAAUUAGAGAAUGCCAGCUGGUUAUUGACUGGCUGGAAGCUGAAGCUUGCGAGAAAGACGAUUCAGUGCUGCAUUUCUCCGAUUCAACCGUCGGAUGGGAAAAUACACUGCAUCAGCUACAGUCGGCAGAAACAAUUGCCUUUGGAAGUUCCAGGCCAAUAGUGGACAAGCUAGAUCCAGAUGCGCCACACUACCAGAAGAAACCCCUUCACGACAUCGACAUGGACGAUGAAAAGCGCUUGAAUUACAGAAUAUUUCAAGAAAUCCGAUGCGGCAAGCUGGGAGAAGCCCAAAAACUGGCACGCCAAUGCGGGCACUCUUGGAGAGCGGCGAUCUUCGAGGGCUGGCACUUAUUUCACGACCCCAACAUUAAGGAAGACAUUGCUAGAAGCCCCGAUAUGGACAACAGCUAUCAAGAAAUGGACUCCAACGAAUUGAAGGAUAUUGAAGGCAACAGCAAUAGAGACUUAUGGAAAGUUAUGGCCUUGCGAUAUUCAAUUCAGGAAUGGAUCAGUCCGUAUGAACGCGCCGCCGUUGGUGUAUUUUGCGGAAAUGUUAACGCCAUUUUACCAGUUUGCAACAGAUGGGAGGACAAUUUGUGGGCCUAUAUGAAAUCCUUGGUGGACAUACGGGUGGAAUCGGAAAUAAGGGAUUGUUGCACUAAAGACAGUGGCUAUUUACCGCUGCCUGAAGAAUACUGGCUUCAAAGGAUGUCUCUACAUGAGGUUUUUACGAAGCUGGAGUCCUCAAAGAAUAAAGCUGUAAGGGAUGAAGCCAAAGAGCACGAACACCUAAUCCAAAAGUACAUAAUCUUGGACGAAAUUCAAGCGCUACUUAAAGAGCUCGCCGAUUGGUCUCAAAGUGCCGAUAUUUCCACACAUUUCCUCAGAUUCACCGCCCAUGUGGUUUUAUUUCUGGACCAAAUCGGCCAAGGCCAUAAAAGGGACUGUGUGGAGACUGUGGUUAAAUCGUAUAUAAAGCGCUUGAUGGACAUGAACGAAACGCAGCUAGUGGCUUACUACGUGAGCAAACUGAAUACUUCCAACCAAGUCCACCUCUACGCCCAACAUUUGGAAAACAUCAUCGAGUUGCAGGAACGACAAUUAGCUCUAGAGUACGCAGAGCAGUGUGGGUUGGAUGUUUUGGCCAUAGCAAAGCAAAUCGUCGUGAAUACUCGAAGUAAACCUGAGCAUGUGGAUGAAGCAGGAAAUUUACAGAAAAAAAUCACGGAAACAGACGAACUGGUGAUUUCCGCCAUCGAUUGGUUGGUGUUUUUCGAAAAUCAACGGCUGGAUGUGCUGAUCCAAACCAAUGCCAUUAUCUUCAAAUUCCUACUGUUGGGCAAACUGGACGCUGCCCAACUGGCCUUCAACAAAAUUCCAAGCGAUGCUAUUCGGCAAGUCACAGCCGAAGUGGAAGACACCAGCGAAGAAACCAAUCAAAUCAUCAAAGAGCAUCUCAGCUACAAAGUGUAUUUGGAAGCAUAUGAAGCGUUUAACGAGUGGUUCAAGCAGAUGAAAAACCAGCCGGAAGCGCCUGAAGACUUGCCGGAAAAUACCCAGUUUUCGCAAAAAGUUGCCUAUGAGCACAGACUAUCUCAGCACAAAGUUGAAGUGGAAAGAUGGAAGCUUACGAAUAAACACCUUGCCAUCACUGCCAACAAACAGCUCUACAACGUUUUGCUGUUUCCGGAUGGUUGGCUCAACGGCGCGAAAGACUGUUAUCAUUUGAGGAAAACGGUUCUACCAGAAGUCACAUUCCUGCUAUGCUCGGUUUUGAGCGAAUCAGAAAUGUAUGAGGAGUGCGUCCAGUUGGCCGACAUAAUUGCGUCGGAAAAGCAUUGUUUGUAUAAGGAAUUCACUGAAGAACAGCUAUCAGAUUUGCUGACUAAAAUAGCUGAGGCUGCAGUGGCACUCACAGAAGCCAGCAAGGAUCCUUGGGGCAACGAAAUAACCGCCUGAAUCUUCAUUAGUUUCUACCUUAUGAUUUAUUUCCUGUUGCCAUUAGACGUUGUUUUUACACAUUUUCCAAUCAGUGUUCAUAUUAUCAGCAUUUUCUUGUUACUGUUUAAGGAUCUGCGGGAAUAAAAGUGAGCCCUUAACCAGUU